AUGGCGUUACCUAUUAUUCUAUCCGCCCUCCUCCUUCCUGUUCGAUCACUGAUAGACGCAUCACCCAUCCCCGAAUCACCCUUAUCAACACCUAGUGUAGAGCCUUCAUGGGAGCCCGAGCCCACUGGACGUGGCACCAUGACAAUCGUCUCCAGCUCAAUCAUCACCCUCGCUCUUUGCGUAUACACAGUCCUCCAUAUCAACUUACCCCAUAAUGCUACCCCGUUUGAAGUCAUCCUCCGCAAGUUAAGAUUCGUUGUUAUCGGCAUGAUUGCGCCCGACGUCAUCCUUGCCAUCGCCAUACAAGAAUGGAGAGAUGCCCGGGGAUUUUGGCACAGCUGGUGCAGUCUCCACAAUAUUAGGCCUGGUGAUGAUAGUGAUAACCUUGGUAUGCAGGGAGCCUUCUUUAUUGGCAUGGGUGGCUUUUCUCUGGGACCAAAGGAGCUCUUUGGAAGCUUCCGUUCUGUCGUCACGUACGAUGGCUUCCUCUAUUUCACCAGAGUAGGUCAAGCCCCAAAGAACCUAGUAAGGAAGAGCGUAAUCAUGGACAAAAGCAAGGUUGAGAGCCUCGGCAAGGGCAUGGUGUUUGCUCAGACAAUGUGGACACUCAUACAAUGUAUCUUGAGAAAGGCGAAUGGGCUUCCAAUAACGCUUUUGGAGUUCCAUGUGGCGUUGCAUGUGGUAAUCACAAUCAUCACCUACGCCUAUUGGUGGCACAAGCCUCUGGACGUCCAGGAACCACUUCACCUAUUUCAUGACGUGGACACCGCGAUUAUGCAAGCUGUCAGAUUUGGCAAGCGCGGGUGUAGGCUCCGGAAGUCUGUACUUGCCGCAGUGGGCCUAGGGCCAAUUGUCGACGUGAACGAUCCGAGAGCUGCUUUAAAGGCUCACGUUUAUGCAGUUGCGGAGAAAAAGGUCGAGCCAGUUUCCACGCCAUUUCAACGAGUAGCCUUGGGUAGUGCAACGGGGGGCUCCUUGAAGAUAGAGAGGGUGGUUUCUCUAUCGCUCACGUUAUCUGCUGAAAGCACAAUACCCCCUGGUCCCCCAGACCUAGUGAUACAAUCCAACCUUGAGAAGGAGGAUCUUGCACUGCUUAUGAAAGCCUCCAGUAUUUAUCAUUCGGGUCGGUACGCUGCCACUCCAGGCCCCGACAGAAUCUCACCCAUAUUGGAUUGUUACAAUAGGACGCCAGCCCUAUCUCUAUUUAUAAAUAAUCUGAGAUUCAAUAACUGCGCUCCUGCAAUCAUUAUUCCGAUGUUGUAUGGUUUAUUUCAUGCAACCGCAUGGAACACACAUUUCCCUACAGAGUUUGAGCGAGACCUGUGGCGACUUUCCGCAGUGGCAGUAGCAGCGCUUCCCAGCCUUAUAACCAUUGUUACUAUCGGCGUUAAUAAGAAAUGGGGUGGUGCUGGUGAGGUUAUCUAUACGAUGCUGUUAUUAGCACUUUCUGGUUUGCUGUUUAUAACACUCCUGGCCCGGGUAUACCUAUUGGUGGAGUCCUUUCUAAGCUUGAGGAGCUUGCCAAAAGACUCAUGUAAGUCUAUUCCUUGGGAGGAUUAUGUUGUGCACUUUUAG